AUGAGGUCCAACAUAGCUUGCCAAAGAUGCAGGAAGAGAAAAAUCAAGUGUGACAAUGCUGAUACCAGCUUCAACACUCCAUGCAACGCGUGCAUCCGAACAGGGCACGUUUGCGACCAUCCAGAAGCCGCAACGAGAUCAGGUAAAAGGGCAGCACCGAAACCCACAUCAGAGGAUGAAAGAGUUGGACAGCCUGGUUCGAAAAUGGUCAAGAAGCCCAAGCAUGUAUUUUGGUUGGAUGAAACCAAUGUCCUCGAGGAGGUCUUGUCCAUGCCGUGCCUGUCACGCAAAUUAUGGUUUGAGCUCUUUGACCUAUACCAGUUGCACUUCGCUGCGGAGCUUCCCUUCAUGCAUCUACCGACGCUGAAGAGCAUCGUACACGACAAAGAGGCUCAGGCUCCGUCAACGGAUGCCAAACUAGCAUUGUUGGCCAUCUUGACACUUACAGCGAGGUUACAUCCCGACUUAGUCAGGUUCGUUUCACAUCGCAAUCUUGUGGAGAUCGAAGGCUCAAAACGUCACAAUCCUCUUCUCGGCACGGGUUCUUUUGCCGCUUCUGAAUACUUCGCAGAUCGCCUGAUAGGAGCGUUGGGGCCUCUCGAAUGUGCUCUGACAAAAGGAUCCGUCGCGCGGAUCCAAGUCUUUCUGACACUCAGUCGGUAUAGAUGGAGCCAACCUGAUGGCGGUCCGGCCGCGUGGAUGUAUCUUGGGGUGGCCAUUCGUAUGGCUCAGGGCCUGGGACUGAACGCCGGUGGCAAGCACCUUAAGAUACAGAGGACUGAACUAGCAACGAAAUCACCGAAGGCAACCCAUCUCUCUCCGAAUUCACGGACAGAGCAGGAGAUCAACCGCCGAACGAUGUUCAGUUGCCUUAUCCUUGAUUGCUUUCUAUCGGCCGGACACGGGCGGGUUUCGACGAUGUCUCUCGGCGGCUUACAGAUUCAACUGCCAUCUGACGAAUACUCAUUCAAUGUCGGCCGUCCGUCCGGUGUGCACUGCCAUCCUGACGCUGCUCUCCUGUCCUACAAUCACAUCGCUUGCGAAAAUACAUCAGGAGCGUAUUGUAAUUACCUACCGUUUUAA